AUGGCUCAUAAAAAGGGCCUAACCCCCGCCGUCCCUCCCCUCCACGCGAGGUGUGACGAGGCAAGCGACACCUCCGAGAAGCUGCCUCAGCAGCAGCUCAAGGAUACGCCAAUCGAGGCUUGGCUGUCGUGUGGCACCUCCUUCGACCCCUUAUCGGCGCUGCAGCACUUGGGGGUUUCGGAGGAGCAGCUGCAGCAGCUGCUCAAGCAGCAGCAGCAGCCGCAAGGCUCUCGUUUGAUGCAGGAGUAUGAGGCAGAAAGAGAGGCCAAGAGCGAGCUGGCUCGCGCAGAAGAGGCGCUCGUGUCUGGAGAGAUUUGUCUCGAACGCGAUGAAAGGGAGCACCGCCAGCAGCUCAAGCUGCAUAAGCAGCAGCAGCACAGGAAGAAGCAGCAGCAGGAGGAAAGGGAGAAAGAGUUUUUGCGCCUCCCUGUCUAUAGCGAGCGACCUUCAGAUAUCCCCCCGGAAAUGCUGCGUAUUCUUGAAGAAGACGCAGAAAAGCGGGAGACGAUUUGGAAUACGAUCCAGCCUAAGGCAGGAGGCGGUGCUGCGGCUACAGAGGGGCCCCUAAGGGCCCCUAGCCGCAGAGCCAAGAAAACAACAGUGUCUACGGGCAAACCGACCCAGCAGGCUUUUUUUGACAGCAGCGCUACGAGCAGCAGCAGCGCUACGAGCAGCAGCCUGGGAGCAACUGCUUUCCCAAUAGAGCGGCAUCGGCGGCAUCGAGGAAAAAAGCCUCUGGGAAGAGCAGGGGACCCCCGAGUUGCCGAGGCUGUCGGUACAGCGGAGGCAGCACCUCAGGGAGGCGCCUUCUCCGUGUACUUGGAGGGGAUGGAGAAGCCGCUGCGUUUUGCUGCCUCUGAAGUGCCUCGGCGUGCAGUCGAUGCUGCGGCUGGGAGCAAUAAGAGCAUUGGCAGCAGCGACAUGAGCAGCAUUAGCAGUAGCAGCAGCAUUAGCAGCAGUGAGGAAGAAGAGCGAGUUGCACGGGAGGAGCGAUGGAUGCAGCGGGCACAGCACGAGGAGCUGCUGUUGUUGCAGCAGCAAGAUCGUUUCCUCAUGCUCUGCAGGCAGAAGCCGCAGGAGGUAGCGCUGUGGAUACAGUUGGUAGCCUUGCAGGAGCAGAUGUUGCAGCAGCAGCAGCCGUUGCUUCUCUCGCCGCUGACAGCAGAGCAGCUGCCGCUGCGGCAGCAGGAAAUUCUGGAUGUAGCGUGUGGGGGGGGUCAAGGCGGCGUGGCUGCGGCAGCUCUGCCAGAGUUGUUGACGCUGCGACGACUGCUGCUGCUGCAGCAAACGUCGGUGCCUUUGAAUGCUCCUCCCUGGCUUAGAACGGCAGCCCUUAUAGGACGAGCGAAUGCCUCUCUCGAUCUCACGGGCAGCCGCCACGGAAACAGCUGUACGUACACCGCAACGGCGCUGGCGAGGUGUCUCUGCAGCGCUGCCGCGGGGGCCUCUCAACACACGGAGGCUUCGGCAAGGGUUCUCUUUCGCGAGCUGUUGCAGACGACUGCAGAGAGUCUGGCUGCAGCAGCAGGAGGAGCAGGAGGAGGAGCAGGAGGAGCAGCAGCAGGAGGAGGAGCAGCAGGAGGAGCAGACACGCUGUGCAAGAACGACGACUUUCGCACAUGUUUCGCGUUGUUUCAGGAGGUCGUCUUUGGAUUUAUGCUGCCUCUUGAAGUGCGCAGAGGCCGCAUGCCAGUUGCCGCAGCGACGAUCCAGGGUAUCGUACAGCUGGCUCUGCUGCAUACACAGCAACAGCAGCAGCGGCAGGUGCUGUCGGAAGGAGAGGCCGCUGGCGCUGACAGCUUGUUCGAGCGCCAAAGUAGCAGCAGCAGCGGGUGUAGAUCCCUUGUUGGUGCGGGGUUUGCUGCAUACUCGGCUGCUGAUUUUGGCCUUUCUGCCUUGUCGUGGAGGAGCCGCGUCGUGGGGGAGAGUGCAGUCUCAGGUGCGAAAGCAACAGCCAACGCAGCGGCUGCAGCUGAAGCAGCCGCUGCCGCAGCUGCUGUCGGGAAGGCUGCAGCAGCGGCAGCCACGGCUGCAGCGAAGGAUGCGGCGACUGUCGGAGGGGCUGCAGCUGCAGCGAAUGCAGCUGCCUCCGCAGCUGCGACUGAUCCGUCGUUUGCUGCCAUUGAGGGGAUGAGGCGCGCUGCAGAGGCGGCAGCAGCAGCGGCACGUCGAGCUGCGAAGUCGGCUGCAGAAGCAAGAGCUGCUGCUGCAGCCGCUGCAGCAGCAGAUCUCCGGUUGCCCUCCCCGUACAGCGUCUCUGCGGAUAGUCUGCUGCCCUCGCAGCAGUGGGCAUUGUUGCAUCCUGUCUUGCAAGCCACCGAUGCAGUCUUGUCUGCUGCUGGCGCUGGUGUCGCCUGUUGCAGCAGAACCGACGUUGGUAGCAGGAGGGCAAGCAGCAGCCUGGCGUCUGCAGCAAAGGCAGAGGCAGUCUCCGUAGCGGAUACGGCAUAUCGCUUGGUGCUCAUGACGCUGGACGCGCUCUGUUCUCCCACGCUGCAUCGUUUUCCUUCUAGACACCCACACCUCCAGCGUAGUGACACCGCAGCAGCGCCUGCAGCAGACGCGGCGAGGCUUCGGGCCUUAGUGCUGCAGCUGCAAGCAGCACAAAACGCCGCCAGUAAAGCAGGGAGCAGCAGUAAUACUGGCGACAACGAACGCAGCAGUACAAGCAGCAGCACUGCGUUUUCCUUUUGGUGGCCUCCCCUCUCUCUGCUGCCAGCUGCGGAUAUUCGAUUGCUGGAGCAGCAGACGCGUGCUGCAGCGAUCUGGUUUGUAUUUCAGAAACAGCUUCGUCGCGCUGUGUUGCAGACGCAGCAGCAGGACGAGAUUCAGUCAGCUGAGCGACAUUCCCCUGCAGCCUCCGCCAUCAAAGAACCGAUGACUCCACAAGCCUUAGCGGCUUUGCUUUGCUCACAGGCGCUCCUCGUGUUCCCAGAUGACAAACUUCUGCUAUACUGUUUGCUCUGUUUAUGCCCCUCCCCCAAAGUCUUUCGGCUGGUGCUGAAGCGCAACGAGGGGCAGCCUGCCUUGUGGCUCACCUUCGCAACCUCCCUCUUUCUGCAGGCUGCUGAAGCGACACGGCAGCGCGCUCGUCUGGCCAGAGACGAGAGUAGUAGCGCCUCUGCUGCUGCUGGCAGCAACAGCAAGGAGAAUUCGCCUCAAGCGCAGCUUCUCCAGGGACGGAAAGUCUUGCGAACCUGCUGCACCGCAUUUGCUGCCAAUGCGUCUCUUGCCGCUUCUUGGGUGUUCCUCGAGCUGACUGCAGCCGCUGCAGCAGCUGCUGCUCGUGGAUCUCCGCGCUCGUUUGACUCCCCCUCCCAGAAAAAGAUGCACGAUGCGCGUGCCUUUCCGUCUGUCCUGCGUUUCGGCUGGCCAUGUGCGUGCUGGCUUGGAAGCGACAGCGGCAGCUGCUGCCAUCCUGAGGAGCAGCAGCAACACGGAGUUGCGCACCGUCUGCCGUUUGAAGGGUGGGGAAUAACAUCCGCCGCUUUCCAGGUUGCUCUGUGUUCAGCGAAUCGCUCUUUCUCUGAGUCUUUUGAUCCCACUGCUCCAGGGGCCUCUUCGCUGCCACACACGGGAGCGCCACAGCCUCAGACGUCUACCUCGAAAGAAGAGAGCGGCAACUUCCUCGAGAGCCUUGCCUUUGAGCGCUCACAAGUGGCGGCUUGCCGAGCUGUGCUGCUGCAGCGCUCUCGCAUCGCCGCGUCUGCUGCUGCCGCGAAGGCGAACGUUUUCCCGCUACUCACCUCAGAGCCUUGGGCAAACCUUUUCCUGGCGCUGCUGCUGGAGGCAGCACUCUCGCAGACGUCUCCAGUCCUCGCGAUCUGGAACUGUUUCGAGCAGCACAGCGGGCAGGCAGCAGCUGCCGCCACUGCCACGGCUGAAGCGGCAACUGGAGGGAGCGGCGGCUCCUGCUGCCCCUGCUGCUGUGGCUGUUCGGAGUCUGCCUCUCCAACGGAUACACCGGAGAAAACGCUUUCACCGAUCAGCGACUGCAGCGUCGAACACGCCGGGGGAAGGCUACGCUUCUCUCUGUGCAGCCGCGCUGAAGCGGCACGCUGUGAAGAGUUAGCCUUGUCUUUCGUGCUGGUGCUGCUGCUCGCCCUUAGCCGCACACCUUGCGCUUCUCCUGCGCCUCCAGUGUCUGCUCCCGAAGAAUCCAAGGCUCGCGGAGAGGAGAAGGCAUCCUUACCUGACGACGCGUCUGUUCUGCUGCACGCCUGUGACGAGAUGUUGAAGCGCUUUCCUUCGAACCCUUUCUUCCUGGCGGUGUAUUCUCAGGCUCAGCGCCUGACACCGUGGCCGUCUGCUGCGACGCUCGAAAGCGCAUUUCUCUCUGAGUGGCGCAUUAAUUCCAACGUGUCGCAGAGGUGGCUGCACAAGUACGCCUCCUUAGCCUCCAGCAGCACUGCCCUUCCUUUCGCGCUGCUGCGACGACUGCCGGGGUCCCCUGAUGGAAUGCCGUGCGGUGCGGCAGUGCUGCAGCGCGAGCAGCAGCUUUGGGUGUAUCUACAGGCGCUGCUCUUGAGCGCGAACGUUCAGAACGCCAUGCCCGACGGCGAGGCAGCAGGGGAUGCAGCAAUGGUAGCUUCCUUGGACGGCACAGGUCUCGCGAGUCUCUGUGAGAGGCUCCUCUGCCAGCCUUCGUGCGCGCAGCAUGCGGACUCUAAAAACUUUGACCUUUCUGCCCCUACCCAGCAACGCGAACAAGAAGCUCGAACGCAGGCAAACCAAAUGGAGGAGCGCCUCCUGCAGGCGGUUACGCAUUGUCCAUUCUCAAAGAGGAUUUGGCUUUUGCUGCUGCACGUGCUGCAUGUGCGAAGGCGCCAAGCGGGGAUCGAAGGUUCAAGUAUGGCACUGACAGGCGGCUCUGUGGCAGCAGAGGAUGCCGUCAUCCUUCUACAUGAUGCGUUGCAAAGAGGCCUGCACUAUCAUGGCGACCCUCUAGCGGCGUUGGCUGCUCCCUAG